AUGUCUACAGUAUUGAUACACAUACCCUUUCCGGUUUGUAAGUGGAAUACAGUUAUAUGGUCAGACAAAUCAUCUUUCAUACUUUUCCUGAAAUCGGGAAGAGUACAUGCUUGGAAUACACUAGCACAAGCGUAUGAUCGUAAUUGUCUCCUUCCACCUGUCAGGUAUGAAAGUGGAUCUGUCAUGUUAUGGGUAGCUAUAUCAUGGAUUUCUGUUGGCCCAAUCAUAACCCUGAAAGGAAGGAUCGCUGCGGAGAAGUAUAGAGAGGUUUUAGGUGACCAAGUACAUCCUAUAAUGCUGACUUUGUUUGCUGCAUUAGAUUGGAUAUUCCAGGAUGAUAAUGCUCUUAUUCAUGGAGCAGGACUUGUCUGGUCAUCGGUUGAUGAAAAUGAGGAUAAAAUGAAGUGUUUGCCUUGGGCUGUACAAUCCCCCCUCCACCUCCAUAUAAACGAAUCCUUAUGGUCUAUAUUAAAAUGUUCAAUCAGGAAUCGAUAUCAUUUGCCAACAUCUCGCCCAAAAUUUUCAGAUAUCUCCAUAAAGAAUGGUACAAUAUCCCUCUAA